CUAUUCUUUCAUCUUCAGCUCCUAUCUCCUAAGCCACCAUCUUUCAGAUUUACAUUAUUUACAUAGAUAGUAUCAAUAGGCAAGUAAUUUUGCCCAGUGCUUUCUUGCCAUAAUUAUGAAGCAGUAUUUUUCUUAGUCCAACAGCUAGAAGUUGGAUGACUUACAAGUGAGUGAAAAUCCAUGUGUUUGGAAUGGAGGCAGUAUUUGUGGAAUUUUUGACCUGUUGCCUGGUAACUGUACCUAAGACAGUUAAGCUCCCCUCUGUGACCUGUCAGAUUUCAGAAGCUUGGUUGCCCGGUCGGUCGAUAGCUUCUUACUACUAGAAGGAGAUGAGCGCUUCACUAUGCCCAGGGCUUGAAAAGCUGCAACUCAUAGCAGCCCUCUCCUAGACAUGUCCCACUUCUUCUACCUGGCUCCAGAAAUCCUGCUCCCCUUCAGCCCUCUCACUUCUAAAGAGUUCGAGCUGAUCAGACGCAAGGCCCGAGAACUGUGGCAGGAGGAGACGCGGUGGACCGCUUCUUCGGUGACAACCUACUCAGGCAGUUACCGGCUAAAGCAACUGGAUGAAGCCACCUGCAGCCGACUGGCCCAAAGACCAGGCCAGCAGCAGUCUGAGUACAAACGGACACCGUUGCUGGGCGGUUCUGCCUACAGCAAUCUACCCGGCCAGGCUGGUUCCCAAGAGGCGGCAGACGGCAAAGGAGGACUCUCUGAUGGAGCAAGACCCUCUGGGCACACUCCGCUCAACGUCAAGCACAGAGUGGCACACCAGAUUUGGGGGUAUGAAGCUCCUUAUCUAACAUUUCCAGAUUACAGAGUUUUACGUGUGAAACCCAAGAAGCCAGGCGUUGAUCUCCUCAUGAAUUACAGGACUAGAGGGGAGAAGCUCCUGAAACAUCUUGGGCGACAAUGGGAUUAUGAAAGCAAGUUUGGCUCCUCGGAGGACUCAGAGGGGGAUCGAAACUCCUCCGAUUACUGAGAAGGCUCACUGCGCAUCUUGAACUGACGAAGAAGGAAGUCCCAGAGCUGCGGCCCUAGUUUCUGCGUUAACCGUUAACCGGUUAAGACAGGAGGUUGGAGGAGGCCUUGGUUGGGUGUGUACCUAGGGAAGACCGUGCUAGAAAUUUC